AGACGUGCGCUCGAUAUAUAGACGCGAACAAAGUGCAUUUCAAAAUAUAACUAACUACAAACAAUAAAUAAAUAAUAAAUGCUUUCAUGUGUUCUGUGACGUUGGCCUAAACUAAAAAUUUAUAUUGCACGGCUUGUUUGUGCAAUUUCGUAGCCAAUUGAAAUGUAAACUAGCCUGCGGACUGCUUUGUAUGUGUGUGUGUGUGUGUAAAACGGAAAGUGUUAACUGCUGCAACGGCAGAGGCAGCAGCAGCAGCAGCAACAGCGGCCAAUAAACAAACAAACCAAAAAUUGUGGCCUAAAUCAAUUUCGUUUUUGUUUUACAACUACUACAAACAAGAAACAAUGUACAAAUCAAAUUUGAACGCACAAUUGCUGUCGGCAUUAAUAUUCAAAAUCAUUUUAUUCAUGCUGCAUCAGAAUACAUGCGAUGCGCAGCUGCUCAAGUGUCCGCUGCAUCAGUUGCAGCUGCAAAAGAUUGUGGGCUUUCGACCGCCGCUCAGCUAUCUCAGUGACAGGAAUUUAAUUUACGCGCCGCCAACGACAAGCAAUUUCAAGGAUCGCAACCGACGCAGCGGCAACUACGCUGAACAGCCGGAGCAUGUGGAUGAUGCGCCGCCGCCAAGUCAGCAGUGUUGGCGCAGCUGCAACGAAGAUCCGGACUGCAUAGCCUAUGUGCAUCUGCUGGACACCAAUGAGUGCUAUGGCUACUCCCACUUUGAGCGCACUGCACGCUACUUGGUCAUCGAUGCGGAGCUGCCGCUGGUCGCUGACGUCGAGGCGGUGUUCUAUGAGAAAACAUGUAUGCAUGUGCCCGAGGCGUGCAAAGGCCGGCUUUGGGCGCUUACCAAAAUUCCGGGUAGCAGUCUAGUGUUCCGGAGUAAGAAGACCAUUUCGACGCUGGUCACGCGUCGUGAGUGCGCUGAGCGUUGCUUCUUCGAAACGCAAUUCAAAUGCCUGUCCGCCUCGUUUGCGCCCUCAUAUCGGAACAAUCGUGAGCGUUCGCAGUCUACGCAGCCACACGUAACGCUGGGCCGCUGCUCGCUGAGCGACAAGGACAAGUCCAUACAGCCGGACGCAUUCCGAGCGGCGCCCUACGAUGAGGAAUAUAUGGAGAAUCAAUGCUAUGAGCGGCCCAUUGAGAACGACAACUGUUCGUAUGAACUUUAUGCCAACAGCAGUUUCAUCUAUGCGGAAGCUAAAUAUUUGGGCCUAUCCCAGAAAGAGUGCCAAGCGACGUGCACACGCGAGACGAAAUUCUACUGCCAGGGCGUCUCCUACUAUUAUCUGAAUCAGCUCAGCCCCUCCGAGUGCCAGCUGCACUCUGAGGACAUUGUCUCCUUGGGUCCACGCAGCCUCAAAUUGCGUGAGAAUUCCGUUUACAUGCGUCGCGUCAAGUGCCUGGAUGUGCAAGUGAUUUGCACGCGCGAUGAGAUGAGCAUACGCUUUAAGCCCAAGGACCACUUUGCUGGCAGCAUGUACGCCAGCAUGCACUCGAAGGAUUGCCAGGUAAGCGGCGCAGGCAAUGAAAGCAUUCUGCUGCGACUGGAGAUUGGCAGCGAGGCAAAGGAGAAUCGUUGCGGCAUUCUACGUGCAUACGAGAUGACGCAAUCCUAUCAAAGAACCUUUAUAUCUGCGUUGGUUGUAAUUCAACACAAUCCCAAUGUGCAGACUCAGGGAGAUCGGCUCAUCAAAGUGGGCUGCAUUUUGAACAAUGCUACUGCCAUGCUGGGAAUGAAUGUUCGCGACAGCAGCAUAGAUGCCACUGAGCACGUGCCCAGCGCCAUUGCCUUGGAGUCAUCAUUGACAUAUGCCGACCAAGAAUUUGUGGCACAAACUGUGGGCAGCUUUGGCUUACAGCCAUAUCCACAUAUCAGCUUGCAGAUAGUCGAUCUUUCACAGCAACAUGAGACGAACGAAGUGCAGAUUGGCCAAGACUUGGAGCUGCGAAUUGUGGCUGCAUAUAGUCAAGAGCAGCUGGCGGAGCAUUUGGAGCUGCAGCUGGCGCCAUUGCCGGAAUUCCGCGCCACAUCGCUGGUAGCCAAGACACAGGAUAAUCAGAACUAUGUGCUGUUAAUUGACGAACGUGGCUGUCCCACUGAUGCAAGUGUUUUCCCAGCGCUGGAGCGUGUGCGUUUGCCUCAUCGUAGCAUGCUGCGUUCACGCUUUCAUGCCUUCAAGUUCUCUGGCACCGCCAGCGUUAACUUUGAUGUGAAGAUAAAGUUCUGCGUAGAGCAUUGUCCACCAACCAAUUGCAUGAGCGCUUCAGCAGGGCAGUGGCAACGACACAGGCGUCAGCUGGAGCAGUCGCAACGUCAGCUCAAAGUGCAAAAUCCUGUGUAUAUAUCCACUGUGGUCGAUUUGCCGCCCGAGCAGCUCAAUAAUGCAGCGCAGGCCAAUGUUACUGGACAGCUGGAACUGCCUCUCAACUAUCAGCUGCAUGUGCAUGGACCGGAUCAGCUGAACAGCAAGAGCUACAUGUAUGGUGAGCGUGGAGUACUGUUGAUUGCCGGCAUUGAUGAUCAGCUGCAUUUGGAUAGCUUUUGCAUUAACCAAAGUCUGCUCAUUGCACUCUUCAUAUUCUGGCUAAUAUGUCAGGUGGCGCUGCUCUUUGGCUGCGGCAUGGUGCUGCAGCGCUAUAGACGCCUGGCCAAGCUGGAGGAUGAGCGACGGCGCCUGCAUGAGGAGUAUCUGGAAGCCAGGCGCGUGCAUUGGGCCGACCAAGGUGGUUACACGCUUUAACAGUCGUAAAAAAUUUGUUUAAUGCGAUAAAAUUAAGUGAGAAUCUUAUAUGUAAACAUCAUGCCAAAUAAAAAAUACUCUAAGAGUUCUUCUUGGGAUCGUAGUGCUCCCACUUGCGAUGAUUGAGCGAAUUGAAA